UACUAAAACCUAUCAAUUAGCUCUGCCAGCGAGGGAGCUGCUGUCACUGACAUCUUCAACACAAAGCACGUCCUUCAUGCACGACUUCUCUGCGACGGAGGUGGGUAUACGAUUAUUUAAAAUUUAAAUAUUAGGAAAUGCGAAACAAUUUUCAUUUUAUUUUUAAUUAUUUUUUUUUUAAAUUGUAAGGAGCGAAGGUGGGUUUCCCAUUAUUCCCACGCCUCUCGGGCAUGUGGCAUAUGGCAUGUGGCAGUACACUGCACGCUUACAAUGCACCGUUUGUUUUGUUUGACGUGAAAUUGCAACUGAAAUUGUUUCGAGAAAGCCAAAGCCCUCAGAUAGAACGAAACAGAAAUGUUGAGACGCGCAACCGCUACUUUGAAAUCAUCCCUUUUCACACGCUUCCUGGAACCUUCUAACGCUUCGCUUUAUCAAAGAUUUACCACCAGAUUGGGAUCCUCCUUCCACUUCCAGGGAAAGGAUGGAAUUUGCCCUAAACAUACAGCUCCGUUUAUAACUUUUGUUUUAGGAGGCCCUGGUAGUGGAAAAGGUACACAAUGUGAAAAAAUUGUUGCAACCUAUGGAUUUAAGCAUCUGAGUGCUGGAGAUCUUUUGAGAAGGGAGAUGGUUUCUGAGAGUGAAUUUGGCUCAAUGAUUCUGAAUACAAUUAGAGAAGGAAGAAUUGUUCCAUCAGAAGUGACUGUCAAAUUGAUUCUAAGAGAGAUGGAAUCUAGUGACAAUAAUAAGUUUCUUAUUGAUGGUUUCCCUAGAAGCGAGGAGAACCGCAUAGCUUUCGAACAAAUUAUUGAAGCAGAACCAAAUAUGGUACUUUUCUUUGAUUGCCCUGAAGAAGAGAUGGUGAAACGGGUGCUGAGCCGUAAUCAGGGUCGAAUUGAUGAUAACAUAGAUACAAUCAAGAAACGUCUUAAAGUAUUUGAGGCACUAAAUCUUCCUGUGAUUGAUUAUUAUGCUAAGAAAGGGAAACUUUAUAGGAUCAAUGCAGUGGGAACAGUAGAUGAAAUAUUUGAGCAAGUUCGUCCAGUUUUUGAGGCAUGUGAGCACGAUGCUAAGUGAAAGCUUUUUGAAUGGGUUGCGAGCAUUGUAAAGUUGGCUGAAGUUUGGAUUUAGUGGGGACACGAUUUAUUUCCCAGAUGAUUAUACAAGAUCUGAUCCAAAUUCCUGGCUGUUUUUCUUUGGAAUUUGGUAUUUCUCUAAAACUCAUCCACCGAAGUAUUUCAAAUUGAGAUUUCCAUGUCCAACAUUCACGGGAGAUGGCUCUCGUUUCCUUUUUACUUUCCAACUGAUAAUGCUCAGCUUGCAAUAAACAGCUAAUGCCCCCGAGAGAAUGGCUAAAGGUGGACCUAAAACUGUCUCUAACAACAAAGGAAAAGGAAUUUCUUAUCAUGCGCUGAAUAUAAUAUACGAUUCAGUAUAUGUUUUAUAAUUUCUUUUACAAUAAAUUGAAUUCUAUGUCAGUCCAACCUUUUAGAGGUGUUGGACUUGUAUUAUCGCCACAGAUUUUGCCAGCAAGUUGGUCUCUUGCUAACUGUGUUUCAAAGCAUGUUUAAAACCCUAUUAAUCUGGAUUCAACAUAAAAAUUAUAAUUAGUAGCGUUAUACUUAACGUGAAUCCUUCAUUUUUAUUGUCCAUGAAUUCCUCAUCAUUUUAACGUGAAACUAAAACACACAUUAAGCCAAUAAGACACAAUGGGAGAGAUGAACACUUUGAGGUGCUGGGCUUGCUUUAGACUUUUAUUUAUUUCCCAUUUCUCGUUAUCAGCUUGUCACACCUUCCAACAUCGGUGCGACAUGGAAUGGAGAGCAGGCAAAACUUGGGAGAUUAGAUUCUUCCAUUCGGCGACUUGAUGAGGUCGUUGCUGCAUGGAAAGCCUUUCUUUCAAUCUUGCCAGCAAGCAUUCAUCGAAUUGGAGAUCUUGUUGCCCAAUAUAGUCUUACCCAUGACGAGAUUAUUUUUUACAUUUUGUUUAGACUUAAAUUCAUUUUUGGCUUUCCAGUUAUGCAAUUUGUGUCCUCUUAUUU